ACCCUAGGUCCCCCUUCCUCUCGCUCUCACGUGCUCCGCCUUCUUCUCCACGCCUGCAGCCCUCCGUGCCACCGCCGCGGCCGCCGCCCCUCUCCGGCUCCACCACUCUCUUGCUUUCAGAGCUUAGUGGAAGAUGAGUUUAUUAUCUCAAAAUGUCACUGCAAUCAGAAGCAUCGAGAAGAUUCCAAAAAGAGAUGUAAAUGCUAGUGAUGUGGAAGACUCUGGUGCAGGUACUACUAGGGCAAAGAAGAGAAAGAAAGAACGUAAAGAAGAGGAUCAACAAGUAGUAAUUGAACAACAAAUGGAAAUGAAGAAGCUGGAAAAUUUUCUUUUUGGAUCUCUCUAUUCUCCUGUUGAAUUUGGGAAAGAUGAAGAGGAAAAGGGUUUCACCGCUGAUGAAAAAUCUCCUGCUUUAUAUAUCAUGGAUCGCUCUGCGAAWAGUUCCCUUUCUGCUUAUGAAGAUGAUUUUCGGCUUGUAGACGAAGACGAGAGUACUAAUAAGGAGGAACCUCAGCAGAGAAAGCCAGUUUGGGUAGACGAGGAAGAGGAGAAGGCCACGGUUAAUAUUAGUAAUGUCAGCAGACUGAGAAAAUUGAGGAAGGAAGAAGAUGAGAGUUCCAUUUCAGGUUCGGAGUACGUGACGAGACUAAGGGCUCAGCACGCAAAGCUAAACCCAGGCACAGAGUGGGCUCAACUCGAUUCACAAUCCAAGGGUGGCAGUGAGGAUGAUGCUCUAUCUUCAGAUGAUGAAAAUGGAGUUGUAUUGGCUGAUGGCUAUGAGAAUGUUGAUUCUAUUGAUGAUAUCCUUCGAACGAGUGAGAAUCUUGUUGUGAAAAGGGGUGCUAAAUUGUUGCCCGGUCUUCUUGAGUACUCAAGACUUGUAGAUGCAAAUGCAGAGGAACCGUCCAAUGGUCCAAUUAAUUCAGUUCAGUUUCAUCGCAAUGCUCAGUUACUUCUAGCUACUGGGUUGGAUCGGAGGCUUAGAUUUUUUCAGAUUGACGGUAAACGGAACACAAAAAUUCAGAGCAUUUUUCUUGAAGACUGCCCUGUACGAAAGGCAUCUUUUUUGCCUGAUGGGUCUCAGGUAAUUAUAGCGGGGAGGAGAAAGUUCUUCUAUAGCCUUGAUCUAGUGAAAGCAAAAGUAGAUAAAAUUGGCCCUCUUGUUGGUAGAGAGGAGAAAAGCCUUGAAGUUUUUGAAGUUUCUCCUGAUUCUAGCACAGUUGCAUUCAUAGGUAAUGAAGGUUAUAUCCUGUUGGUGUCAACAAAAACAAAGGAGCUCAUUGGGACGCUUAAGAUGAAUGGAAGCGUCCGUUCUUUAGCGUUUGCUGAUGAUGGAAGACAGUUAUUGAGCUCCGGUGGUGAUGGGCAAGUCUACCACUGGGAUUUGAGAACGAGAACAUGCAUCCACAAGGCUGUCGAUGAAGGUUGCAUCAAUGGCACUGCGCUUUGUACCUCUCCUAAUGGAUCAUUGUUUGCAGCUGGUUCUGAUAGUGGCAUUGUUAACAUCUACAACAGACAAGAAUUCUUAGGGGGCAAGAAGAAGCCAUUAAAAACCAUUGAGAAUCUAACCACCAGAGUGGAUUUUCUCAAAUUUAAUCAUGAUACUCAAAUGUUGGCCAUCUGUUCAAGAAUGAAGAAGAGUAGUUUGAAAUUGAUUCACAUUCCUUCUUUCACUAUAUUUUCAAACUGGCCGCCACCAAAGAAGAAUCUUCAAUACCCUUCCUGUUUGGAUUUCAGUCCUGAAGGUGGUUAUAUGGCUGUAGGAAAUGCUGCUGGAAAGGUUUUAUUGUACAAGCUACAUCAUUACCAUCAUGCUUAGAUUGACCUGCUUCUACGGAUGCUGGAAAGGUACUGUUGGUUGGAACAAUUUUGAUACUUGUAUUACAUACGCUCAGCUCAGCUGUUACUUUAACCAUGGCUGCUUGUUUUUUUUCAUUAUUAGCAAUAUGCUAAAGUUGGUAGGCUGUUUACUCAUUUUUGACUUAUUUAAGUACUGUUUUUUGUUGUUAAGAUGAAAACAUGAUAUGAAGGAAGAGAUUGUUUCACAACUAUGUUUCUCAAGAAUUCAUGAUUUUCCUCUGCACUGUGGGUUCUUAUUAUUGAGAAAUUAUUACCCAUCAUUGAGAAUUGUA